AUGAGCUCAGCUCUCUCCCCGACGUCGACAUCCAAGCGAAAACUUUCAACCCGUCGUCGCGGGAUAUCCCAUCUCCCACCGUACCAGUCUCAGGAGUCUCACGAUCAAGCCCUUACCGCUAUCCGGACUUUCCUCAAAAGUCGAACAAAUUAUGAUGCUUUCCCUGUCAGCUUCAGGCUCAUCGUGCUUGAUACAAAGCUCAAUGUCAAGAAAGCUUUACAGUGCCUACUUCUCAACGGUAUGGCAUAUUCACCCCAAUCCCCCUUGUGGAACAGCGAUACAUCAACCUUUGCCGGCAUGCUCACAGUCCUAGACAUCAUCCAUCUGAUCCAGUACUACUAUCACACGGCAAACUGGGCUACGGCCGCGGCAGAUGUGGAAACCUUUAGACUAGAAUCGUUGCGAGACAUCGAGAAGGAGUUAGGCGUAGCUACUCCUCCACUGCAUAGAGAACACCCUGCAAGCUCCCUCUACGAUGCCGCCAAGUUACUGAUACAGACACACGCGCGGCGGCUACCCCUUCUUGACAAUGACACAGAUACUGGCCAUGAAGUCAUCGUUUCCGUGCUCACGCAAUAUCGCCUCCUCAAAUUCAUAUCUAUCAACUGUAUCAAAGAAAUUCAGCAACUCAAUCUGUCUCUUCGCAAACUUAAAAUAGGCACCUAUGUUUCGCGUGACUCCGCUGGUUCGGAUAAUCCAUACCACCCUAUCGCCACCGCGAAGUUGAGCACAACCGUGUUUGACGUCGUGCACAUGUUCUCGGAACGCUCUAUCUCUGCGGUCCCUGUAAUCGACGAUGAUGGGGUCGUCCUUAAUAUGUACGAGACCGUUGAUGUUAUCACUCUUGUCCGUCUUGGAGCCUACCAAUCCCUGGAUCUCACCAUUUCUGAAGCCCUCGCCAAACGCUCGCCCGACUUCCCUGGUGUCAUCAUUUGCACUGCUUCCGACUCAUUGGGCACUCUUCUAGAACUCAUCAAGAAGAGACGCGUCCAUCGGCUGGUUGUCGUCGAAGGAGAUGAGGAAGAAAAGCGAGGCGGCAAGAAAGGCCGGCUUCUAGGCAUUAUCACUCUAAGUGAUGUCUUGAGAUAUGUCAUUGGCGCAGUUGCAAUUGGCGACGCCAUCGAACAAGAGGAAGAGCCUCCACAGAAACCUGAUACACCUGCUCCAGCACCUUAA